AUGGCGGCCCGGGCUCGGGCCCUGGCGCUGGCGCUCUGGGGCUGGGCGCUGUCCCCGGCGGGGGCCCUGGACGCCAUGGGCCCCCAUGCGGCCGUCCGUCUGGCCGAGCUGCUGACCCCGGAGGAGUGCGGCCAUUUCCAGUCGCUCCUGAAGGCGCCGGAGCCGGACGUCGAGGCCGAGCUGGCCCGGCUCUCUGAGGACCGGCUGGCCCGCGCCGAGCCGCCGGGGUCCACGUCCGCGCCGCCGGGCCGGCUGUGGCGGCGGGCGGCGGCCGAGCCCGCGGAGGAGUCGGACGGCUGCCGGGAGAAGCUGGCGGCCUGGCUGGCGGCGGAGGCCUCGACCCUGUCUUGGGACCGCGUGGCCCGGGCCCUGCGGCGCAGCGGCCGCCCCGACGUGGCCCGGGAGCUGGGCAAGAACCUCCACCAGCAGGCGACGCUGCAGCUGCGCAAGUUCGGCCAGCGCUACGUGCAGCCGCCCGCCGCCGCCCCCGGCCCCGCCCCCGCCCCGCGCCCCCGCCGCGCCUCGCUCCCGGAGCCGGACUGGGACGCGCUGCAGCUGAUCGUGGAGCGGCUGCCCCAGGCGCCCUACGAGCGCAGCCCGGUCGGCUGGGUCGGGCCGCUGGCGCUCGGCCUCUUCACCGGCUUCGUGGGGGCGCUGGGCGCCGGGGCGCUGCUCGUCGUGCUCACGCUGUGGGUCACGGGCGGCGACGGCCCCGGCCCCGGCCCUCCCCGGCGCAGGCCGGCCCAGGCGCGCGGCGUGGGGGAGGCGAGGCCGCUCCUGUCUGCGGAGCUCGAACCGAGGGCCUGGGCGGCUGCGCGCGGGCCGGGGCCCCCCUCGCCUCAGUCUCCCUGGCUGUGA